UCUACUCCACAGAUCUUACAGGUGAAUCUAGUGAUGUCCAUGUUGCUGUAUGUGUUGUUCUAUUACGGUAUCCAGGCAACGCACAUGGAGCGCCAGCAGCCCCCGCCCACCCAGGACCCCAUCAACUCCCUCAUCAUCCAGCUGCUGCAGGCGGACCUGACCCAUUUUGGCCGGGGAGGCAGGGUGAGGGCCAGGACAGGCAGGCCCAGGACACAUUGCCACCGUUGGGCCUGCUCGCCAUUGACACCCCUCUGGACAACAGUAGGUUCCUGGAGAGGCGCAGCUCGCUGUACCAGCCCAGGUUCUGACCUGCUGGGGCAGCAGAAACACUACAACUCUCCCCGGGUCCUGCUGAGUGAGCGGGCGCCCCUGCAGCCUCCUCCGCUCUACUCUAUAGAUGACUACGUGGGCAGCUCUGACAGAACCAACAAGACCCGCAGGAAGAGAUACGCAGAACACAAGAGUUACCGCGGAGAGUACUCCGUCUGUGACAGCCAAUCACAGUGGGUGACAGACAAGACGAAUGCGGUGGACAUCAGGGGUCGUCAGGUCACCGUCCUGGAUCAGAUAAAGAUGGGAACCGCCGAAAGCAACUUUGUUAAGCAGUACUUCUAUGAGACCAAGUGUCGGACUGCCAAACCUUUUAAGAGCGGCUGUCGCGGCAUCGAUGAUAAACACUGGAACUCGCAGUGUAAGACCUCUCAGACGUACGUCAGAGCUCUGACGCAGGACCGUACCUCUGUGGGCUGGCGCUGGAUACGGAUAGACACUUCCUGUGUCUGUGCGUUGUCACGGAAACACCGCAGGACGUAAACACACAACCCGACCAU